AUGGGGGUCGGAUACCUCCCUUGGAUCCCCGUAUCCCCUGCGAGCGCCGCUCGCUCCCCACCCUCCCAGCCCGUGAGGGCGUACUUGCCACCUGCCUCGACACCAGGCUUUGUACAGUACACCCCAGAUGAGAAGAAGACCCCCGCCAUCCGAGCGGGUGUGAUCAAGCCUGACCCCUCCUUCUAUACCUUUGUCCUCCCAGAGAACUGGUCGGAGGGGCUCAUUCUCAAUAUCCUCUCGGGCAACUUCUGCAUGCCCCGCUGCGACGAGCCUUGGUACGAAGCCCUCUUCCAAAAUCAGGCAGAGGGCAAAGCACAGCUCAUCGUGGCUCCACUGUUCCGGCUUAUCUCCAAAGCCGGAGCCCAGCUGAGCGACAUUGGGCCGCCAGAGCGGGCCAUUGAGAAGGUUGGCAACUAUGUCACAGGCUCGUCCCUGGAAGCCGAGGAUGAUGUGAUCAGCGCGACUUCCAAGACUCUCUCGGAUGGGCGCACCUACUACAUCUAUGAACUCAACGCCCUGCAGGCCAAGGACGGACCCCACAUCCUGGCGUCCCUCACCAUCAAAGGGGACCAGGCCUACCUCUUUGUGGUUGCCGAUGUCAGCGAUGCGGGGGCUCGUGCCACCGCCGACCUGGCAGGCCCAAAUGCAACCCCAGUGUACUGCGAUGUGGCCUCGUCGGCGUCCCAGGAGGCUGCAUUCGCUGACCACAUCCGUCGCAACGGGGGCCUCGACAUCGCCGUGCUGAAUGCCGGGAUCCCUGAGAGAGGCGACCUGCUCAGUGCACAGGACGACUCCUGGCGCCCCACCCUGGACAUCGAUCUGGGCGCGGUGCUCGACGGCAUCCGCCUGGCCAGCCAGGCCAUGGCCCCCGCCGGCGGGCGGCGGGAGGGGCGGCAGGGCGUCCUCAUCACCGUGGCGAGCGCCGGCGGUUUCUUCUCCAUGCCCUUCUCCCCCGUCUACGCUGCGGCCAAGGCGGGCGUGGUGCACGCCACGCGCUCCGUGGCCAAGCCUCUCCUCGAGCGCAACAUCCGCAUCUGCGCGCUCUGCCCCGAGUUUGUGGACACGCCGCUGGUCGCUGAGGCUCGUGCCCAGAGCGGGCCCCAGUCCCCGUUUUACAGAGCAACGGCGGGCACCCUGCUCACCGCAGACAAGGUGGCAGAGGCGGCGCACGUGCUCAUCACCGACCCCAAUCGCGUCGGCCAGUGCCUCGUCCUCCGCAUGACCGGGGAGUGGAUGGAGGCGGUGCCCCCUUCUCAAACACUCCAGUACAUCCCUCGCCCCGCCACCUCCACCAGCCCCAUCGUGCCGGCCUGGCGCGAGUGGGCCACGCAGGGCCUUGCCGGCGGCCGCACCACGCGCACCGUCAUGAUACGGCGGCUGUCCAACGACUUCCGCGCCGCAACACGGCUCGAGACGCGGCCCGUGCCCGCCCCCGGCCCAGGCCAGGUGCUGCUGCGCACCGUCUACGCCGGGAUCAACGCCUCCGACAUCAACUACACGUCGGGGAAGUACCACGCCUCCACCGCUGCGGCCGAGGCCCAGCUGCCCUUCCCCUCCGGCUUCGAGGCGGUGAGCGUGGUGGCGGAGGUGGGGCCCGGGGUCAAGCACCCGCGCCCGGGCCAGGCCGUGGCCACCAUGGUGUCGGGCAGCUUCUCGGACUACACCCUCGUCCCCGCCCGCGCCUGCCUGGACGUGCCGGGUCCCUCACCAGAGUACGUGGCCCUGCUCACCUCGGGCCUCACCGCCAGCAUCGGUGCGAGGGGAUCUACUCGGCUGGCCAAGCUGGCGGGGUGCCACGUCAUCGCCACGGUGGGGUCGGAGGACAAGGCGCGCCUGAUCCGGUCCCUGGGCGCGAACCGCGCUGUCAACUACCGCACCGAGGACCUGAAGGCGGUGCUGCGCGCCGAGUACCCGCGCGGCGUGGACGUGGUUUGGGAGUCGGUGGGCGGCGAGUGGUUUGGCACCUGCCUCAACGCGCUGGCGCAGAAGGGGCGGCUGAUCGUGAUCGGGGCCAUGAGCCAGUACAAGGGGCCCGACGGCUGGAAGCCGAUGCCGCACCGUGGCCUGCCGGAGAAGGUGCUGAACAAGUCCACCACCGUGACAGGGUUCCUGCUGCUGCACUACACGCACGAGUUCAGGCGCCACCUGGCCCUCCUCAUCAGCCUGUACAGCGCCGGCAAGCUGAAGAUCAUCCUGGACUCGCCCGAGCAUGUGGGCAUCGAGGCUGUGCCCGCUGCCGUCGACCGGCUGCAGAGCGGGCAAUCAUCUGGAAAGGUGUACGUGCGCAUCAGCGAGGACACCCUGCCGCCGGUGGGAGCCAAGCUGUGA